AUGGAGCAGGGGUUCGGGCCUCUGCUGUCCAGGCCCAAACGGGAAGAGGUGUUAGCUGUUCAACAGCUGGGGCAAGAAGAGCACUGCUCCACGCAUUCCUCAGCCAUCAUCGGCCCACCCAGUGUCUCUCUCCUCUCGAAUGGGGGUGUUGUGGAAGUCAGCAUUAAAGAUCCACUGUUCAAGAUCUCUGCACUCAGGAAUGUUUACAACUUGGCCACCUACAACAUCACCUACUGGAAAGAUGGACAGAAGGAAAAGGCCAGAAACAUUAGCAACGUGCAGCAAAACCGGGUGGUUCUUAGUGACCUGGACCCCUGGACCAAGUACUGCGUCCAAGUCCAAAUCAACACAGGGAGCAACCACAACCCCAGCCAGCCCAGCAAAGCUGUUUGUGAGAGCACCACCAUCGAUGAAGAGGCUCCGUGGGUGGUAGCUGUUGGGAUGUUUGUCGCUAUGGUAGCGGGGGUGGCUCUGGUGGUGGUUGCAGUGGUGUAUCGGAAAAAAUGUCUUCAUCCAAAAUAUGUGCUGCCUCAGCACUUUGAAGAGUACCUACUGGCACCCCCCAACUCGUCACUGUACUUAAUCAUGCAGAACUCCCAUCCACCGGAGGAGAUCUACGACCAGGUCAGCAUCAUUGCAGACAACAGGACUCUGGAAGAAGGGCGCCCACUGGAGGCAGCAGGGAGUAGCUGCAGCCAACAGCCUGACACCACAGCAGGGGAGAGAUAGAACGAAGAGGGACAGGCUGAAAAACGCAGAGGCCAUGGAGAAGAGUUGAUUUGCAGGCUUCAGUUAGAUGGGACUGUUAGACGUCAUCAGCAGGAAUGACUUUAAAGACAACGAGAAACAGUGAAAUAUUGAUUCUUGCUUGAGUUUUAAUGCAACAAAUUCUGCAACAGUCCCUCAUUACUCCUCGGUGCGGACGUUACUGUUAGGGGUGGGCGAUGCCACAAAAUUUGGUUUUGAGUCAAUACCAAGUAAUUCAGGGCCAGAAUCGCUGAUAUCAAUAUCGAUACCAAUAUCGAUAGGAUACAUAAAUAAAAGUGGCUUACGUACUUUCAUUAAGGGUAAAGCAGUGUGUCGUGAUUUAUGAGGUGAAUAAUCAGUCUGCUAAAGUAAUAGCUAAUGAUGACCAAAUACAGUUUGGAAACAUGAACCAGUGCUGAAGAUCUGAUUUAACUAGACCAUUAAUUUCACUUUGAUAUGGCCUACCUGGAUAUUCCUGUCUGAUGCCUCAGAUCCACUGGCGUCACAGAGAUUCGUUGCCGGAUGCGACGCCUACCCUGAAAAGGACGCUUUGGAGGCAGAGCCCAGAAAUAUGCGGAAAUACAGAUGGACGCGGUUACUAUAGGAAAGCUCUCGCCACUGCUACGAUUAGCUUAUCUUCCAUUGCCAUGUUGUUCCAUAGAGGGAAAGUAAACGAAACGUCACGACAGACCACCACCGAGCUUGCUCCCCAUUGGAUAGUGUCCUCGCGUCUGACGGGUUAAUUUGCAUAAAGUUGAGUCGCGGUCAACUUUUGGGCGUGCCGGAGCUGCUCAAACGGCCGCGCCGCCUACCCAAAAUGCUUUGCAGGGACGUCAGCAAUGGUUUGACGCGAUCCAUAGGAAAUGAAUAGGCAUAAGUGUCACGGCGGACACAAAAAACGCCAGUGGAUCCCAGGCGUGAGCCUCUGUGAACAGACUCUGCCAGUGAACUCUGUCUCUGUGUCAGAGGUCUAGAUGUUGAGGCAUUUCCCUCCUCCUCCCUUCUUUUAAGUUAGAGCUCCAGAGUAACUCAAGAAUACAUACACUAAUUAUGAAAAAACUUCAAAAAAUGUUUAAUAGGAUAUAAUGAUGAAGUAAUUGCAUUUUAUAUCCAAAAGGUCAAAGGUGAACUUUACUGUGCCAUCAUAAUGUUCUGCAAAAAACCUUAUCUGGCCAUUACUUCAUACUACUACUCCAUCAUAUGUCAGGAACAGAAGAGAAGACAUAUGGUCAGAUACUGUAUUGGUGACACUUAUCUUGAAAUUGUGCUAUUUGUAUAGAUCUUCUGUGCUGUUGGGGGGAAGAUGUGUGUGAAGCAUCCAUGGUUUCACAGAAACUUGACUAGUUUACGGAGGUAUACAACCGCAAGAUGGUAAUUCUGGUUUUCCUAAAACUAGUAAGGGUGCACAAUGCCGUGUGCUUCGCAUGUGCAAUGCAUAUGUUGUUUGAGACAACACAAAAGCACUAGAUGUGUUCACAACAACGGAACAUUGUUUGGACAGACAGUUUAACUCUUGAAAUACAAAUUGAUAAGACAUAGAAGAGAGAAACUAAUCACUGUUUUGGUAUUGAUCCUAUUGAUUGCUAGGCUCAGUCUUUUAUAUGAAAGCAUAAUAUCUAUAGUAUUGAUAUUUUUUAUAUUUUAAGUGAUCAUAUGGUAGAGCCAAAGAGACAUGUAGGUACAGGAUUCUGCACUCAACAUAAGGAGUGUGGCAUGGCCCUCUGAAGCUGUCCACACUGAGGUAUUUAUACAGCCAUGGUGCUAAGAGUUAAGUGUAUGAGUGUGUAUUAUAAAAGUAUGGAUGUGGACUUAAAUAAACAGCAUAAUCUGCUAUUCAAUGUAAUAAUGAAAAACUGCAGUACCGGAGGCUCCAGUCUCAGGACCGCAGUUUCAGGACCGCAGUUCUAGGACCCUUCAAUUUUCGUCACAGCACCACCUACCAAGCGGAGGCUGCAAUAAUGGAGGCUGCAGUUUGAGGACCGCAGUUUUAGGACCGUUUAAUUUGCCGAGCAGAGGCUGCAAUUACCUUUUUUUUAUUUUUACUUUUUGUUGUACCCAAAUAGUACUUUUUUAUUAAAUAGUUAUAAUCAGUGUUGAGCAGUAACUCGUUAUUUAGUAACACAUUACUGUAAUUUGAUUAUCAAAAAUAGGAGAAAUUAAUUAGUAAUAGUAGGCCUAAUUAGAUUAUAGUUACAAGCCCAGGUUCAUUACUUUACUUUAUUUGUUUAUUUGAAGAGGACAGUGCAUAUUAAUGAACAAUCGGUACAAAUACAUGACGUCAUGUAAAUAUGCCGGAUUUAGCUAGAAGCUAAUUUCCAUCCGUAGUCCUCACAUUUAAAAGACAGACAGACAUACCAUAAAUAACAGUUCAAUCAACGACAUAUAAAGUGCACAACAAUAUUAGCAGCAGUUAUACAGUAGAUUCGACAAGGGGCUACAGUAGAGAACUGUAUGAGAGGGCUGAUCAAUGAAUCAUGGGUGCAGAUUUGAUGAGUCAAUAGCCAUCCUUUAACCCUUGUGUGACCCCUGGACAUUUUUGUCCAUUUCCAAAACUCAAAACUCCCUCACAGACAAAUGAAAGGUCACAGGGGGGUGAUAUUUUGCAUGCGGGUGUCAUUCUGGGUGAAAUUUCAAAAUCUCAACUUUCAGCAUGAAAAUCCAUUAUUUGACCCUGUAAUGCAUUUUUAUUCUAUCCAUGACCCUUCGUGGACAAAAAUGUCCACUUUCUAGGAAGUGUCCAACAAAAAGUCACAGGGGGUUGAUUUUUGGCAAGGGGGGGUAAUUUUGGGUUAAAUUUGAAAAUCCCAACUUUCAGCACGAAAAUCCAUUAUUUGAACCUGUAAUGCAUUUUUAUCCCAUCCAUGACCCUUCAAGUGGACAAAAAUGUCCAUUUUCUAGGAAGUGUCCAACAAAAGGUCACAGGGGGGUGAUUUUUGGCAAGGGGGGGUAAUUUUGGGUCAAAUUUGAAAAUCCCAACUUUCAGCAUGAAAAUCCAUUAUUUGACCCUGUAAUGCAUUUUUAUCCCAUCCAUGACCCUUCAAGUGGACAAAAAUGUCCAUUUUCUAGAAAGUGUCCAACAAAAGGUCACAGGGGGUUGAUUUUUGGCAAGGGGGGGGGUAAUUUUGGGUUAAAUUUGAAAAUCCCAACUUUCAGCACGAAAAUCCGUUAUUUGAACCUGUAAUGCAUUUUUAUCCCAUCCAUGACCCUUCAAGUGGACAAAAAUGUCCAUUUUCUAGGAAGUGUCCAACAAAAGGUCACAGGGGGGUGAUUUUUGGCAAGGGGGGGUAAUUUUGGGUCAAAUUUGAAAAUCCCAACUUUCAGCAUGAAAAUCCAUUAUUUGACCCUGUAAUGCAUUUUUAUCCCAUCCAUGACCCUUCAAGUGGACAAAAAUGUCCACCUGUCAUUUAGCAAUUUUUUAUUGUUGCUAUUUGUAUUUAAUAUUCUCAUUUUAAGAUUUUAACCCCUUCCAGGCCAUUUUGAACACACCUGGAUGCUGUUUCUAUAGAGGGCAAAACCACUAAAGGGGGUGGUAGAGGACACAGAAAUGUUUUUGCAAUAGAUGUCUUGGGUGGUAAUCACAGGGUUGACUGUGUCAAUGAUCCCCAAUAAAUGUGGUUUGGAUGCCAUGA